AUGGCUGCCACCACUGGCGUGCGUCUGGGGUACGACCCUAGCGAGCACCCUUUCUGCAAGGUCAAGCUCACGGAUCGCUCCUCGGUCCAGCAACUCGCUCGUACCUUGCUCGACCCUUUGGAGCCUUUCUUCUCCCCAAAGAAGGCGACGAUUAGAUGUCCUGGUGCCACCGGUGUCCGUUUCGACCAGACGGCAACCGAGAUAGAGGGUUUCGCACGCCCAUUAUGGGCACUGACGUUUCUUCUGGCAGGUGGUGGUGAUUACAAAAAUGCCGAGCUUUGGAGCCAGGGCCUCAAGGAAGGCAUGGAUCCGAGUUCCGACGAGUUUUGGGGCCAGGUCAGGGACAACGACCAAAGAAUGGUCGAAAUGUGUCCCCUGGGCACAGCUUUUGCCCUGGUGCCUUCCUUCUGGCAGUCCAUGAGCGACGAGCAGAAAGCCAAUGUCGAGACCUGGCUUGCUGGCAGCGUCAACGAGAAGCGAAUGCCCAACACCAACUGGCUCUGGUUCCGUGUCUUCGCCAACCUCGGACUCAAGAAGAAUGGCGGCAAGUACUCGAAAGAGCGUCUAGAGAGUGACAUCAAGCACUUGGAGACAUUCUAUCGUGCGAGCGGCUGGUCCAAUGACGGGCCCGAGGGUAUCCACCAGAUGGACUACUAUUCACACAGCUUUGCUAUUCAGUUCUUGCAACUGCUAUACGCCAAGAUGAACGGGGAUGAAGACCCCGAACGAGCAGCUGAGUUCAAGCAACGUGCAAAGGACAUUGCCCUGGACCUGGUCCAUUACUAUGACGACGAAGGCCGCUCGAUCCCUUUCGGCCGAAGCGUCAUCUACCGCUUUGCGAUGGUGUCGUUCUGGGGUGCCCUGGCUUUUGCCGACGUUGAGCUCCCAGAGCCUCUAACAUGGGGUAUGGUCAAGGGCAUUGUCCUACGUCACCUCAGAUGGUGGCAAACGCAGUCGGACAUUUGGACGCCGGCUGGUACUCUAUCUAUUGGGUUUUCGUAUCCCAAUAUGUAUAUGGCCGAAAAUUACAACAGCCCUGGCAGUCCGUAUUGGGCCUCUUUGGCAUUUGUAUGCCUCGCAGUGCCCGAGGACCACCCAUUUUGGACUUCUGAAGAGCAACUGGCCACAGGCUCCAUACCCAAGAUCAGGGGCAUGAAGCACCCGGGGCACAUCACAAGCUACCUUGGCGGACAUUGCAUGCUUCUGAACUCUGGCCAGGCCUGCGGCUAUCCCAUGAAGUCAACUCACGCCAAAUAUGGUGGCUUCGCAUACAGCAGUGCUUUCGGCUACUCCGUCCCUUCGAGUUGCUUCACGCUUGAGCAGUACUCGUUGGCCUCACAGCUGGGUUUCUCUGAUGAUGGAGGCGAAUACUGGAAGACACGUCGGUUGUGUGAGUAUGCCGGACUGGAAACUCGCAGAGGCGGUGACGGUCAGGAAACACCCGUCCUGGUCUCGGUGUGGGUGCCCUACCCUGACGUCAAGGUCAAGACCAUACUCGUCCCUCCACAGGAGGACACUCCCAACUGGCACCUGCGCGUACACCGGAUAGAAGCUGGCCGAGAGGUCAUGACUGCAGACGGUAGCUUCGCGAUCGCCAACGAGAGAGGUAGCCACACAGACGCCGGGUCUGACAAGGGCCGAAACCUGGACUCCUACGAUGCAGCCAGAUGCGAGGGGACUUUCCCGAAGCUGAUUGGCAAUUACGACCUCAAAGUGCCCGAGGGUUGGGCGACUGGCAAGGAGGGUGCUUUCGCCGUUAGCAAGGGUUGCGUGGGUAUCCGGGCGCUUGAGGGCGACUUGCUUGGGAGCGGCGUCGGCGAACGCUCGGCAAACAUUGUCAACGCGGACCCCAACACGAACUUGAUCGAGUCGCGAACGGUCAUCCCGACGCUACAGCACACCAUCCCCGCAGGCAGCAUCGUGUGCUACAUCUCGGCCGUGUAUGCUAAGCCGGCCGGCAAGAAGGUUGCGCCGAGCACGUACCUGGAUGGCUGGGAUAAGCCGCCAAGUGUUCCGGACUGGCUUCUUGAGGAGAUCAAGUCUGGGUAG